GUCUCGAGUCACCACACUUCCAUCCAACCGACUUAUCACUUCUUCUCUGCCUAGUGUGUUGAAACAAUUUACAGCGAGAUUCAAAUGACAACAGCUAAUUCUAGCGAUUCGCCUCUUGUUGCUCAAAGGUUAUUAGAAAAGGUGGCUUUGGUAACCGGUGGUGCAACCGGUAUCGGAGAGGGCAUCGUGCGUCUUUUCCACAAACACGGUGCAAAAGUUUGUGUAGUCGACAUCAACGACGACCUCGGCCAACACUUAUGCCAGACCCUCGGUCCCACCACCCGUUUCGUCCACGCUGACGUGGCAAUCGAGAACGACCUCUCCCGUGCAGUCGACUUCUCGAUCUCCAAUUUCGGCACACUCGAUAUCAUGGUCAACAACGCCGGUAUAACCGGGCCACCUUGCUUUGACAUCCGUGAAUUCCCCAUAUCGACCUUCGAACAAGUAUUCGAUGUCAACACCAAAGGCACAUUUAUCGGGAUGAAACACGCAGCUAGGAUCAUGAUCCCGUUAAAAAAAGGCUCCAUUGUUAACAUUUCUAGUGUGGCAAGUGUUACGGGAGGGUUGGGCCCGCAUGCGUAUACCGCAUCCAAACACGCGGUUGUCGGGUUGACAAAAAGUGUGGCGGCUGAGCUCGGGAAACAUGGGAUUCGUGUGAAUUGUGUGUCACCGUAUGGGGUUUUGACGGACCUCGCAUUGGCACAUCUUUAUGAGGAUGAACGAACGGAUGAAGCCAAGGCAGGGUUCCGAGCUUUUAUUGGGAAGAAUGCCAACUUGCAGGGUGUGGAGUUGGUUCGGGAUGACGUGGCGAAUGCGGUGUUGUUUUUAGCGAGUGAUGACGCGGGGUAUAUAAGUGGGGACAAUCUGUUUGUUGAUGGUGGUUUCGCGUCUACAAAUCACUCACUUCGUGUGUUUCGGUGAUUGUUUUAUUUUAUGUAUGAUUUGUAAUGUUUUAUUGUUGGAUUUGUGUUGCAUGGAAUAAAAGUUUAGGAACUUUUUAACUUGGAACGGAUUUGAA